CCAUUUUCUUGCCACUUGCAGCUGCAACAACUGUCGCUGCUCUGCCUGCUGCUGCCUGCCACACUUGCGGUGCUUACUGCCAACUCUGGCACACGCCACUACGACGAUGACAACACAGCGCUGCAGCUCAGCCUCGAGGAUCUGGAGCGCGAGCAGCAGCAGCAGCAGCAGGAGCAGCGCUACGAUCUGAAUCGGCCGCCGCUGCUGCCCACGCGCUACGAGUGGCAUCCCAGUGUGGCAGCCAGCCUGCCACCCAGCUACGUGCACGAUGCCGCACAGCUGGAGCAGAAUGCGCAGCGCCAGCGCCAACUGCAGCUGCAACAGCUGCAACAACUGCAGCAGCAGCAUCAGCAGCUGAGCGCCGGCUACGCUUUGCCGCCGCAACUAACGCGCGGCUUCUUUCUGCUCAACAGCAACGACAUACCGGCAACAGCAACGCGACUGCUUGAGCCGAUUGUGCCCUUUGAACUGAAUUUGCAGCAACUGCAGCAGCUAAAUGGCAUACGCUACCAACAGCAGCAGCAGCAGCAGCAGCAGCAGCAGCAAGCGCAUCCACUGCGGCCACCAUACAGUGCACCACCACCACCGCACCACUUGCUACUCCAGCAAUCGAAGCAAUACGCCUACGCUCCCUAUGCGCCCGCCAUACGCAGCUAUGCGCCCAAUGCGCCACGCAUACCGCUGCCCUAUCCGCCCAGCUUCGUCAGCUUCACCACGCGCCGUCCACAGCAGCAGAGCAGCAAGCAGUCCGCCUUUCGCCCCUCGCCGCCGGACAGCACGCCCGAUCUAUUUGCCGGACGCGCCUCCAAGUCGCUGCUAGAGUCCUACAUACCCAGCUGGGAGGUGCUGCGGCUCAUUCAACAGCAUCAGUAUCAGCAGCAGCCGCAGCCACGCCCACUGCAGCGACAAACGCUCGCCUAUGCCGUGCCCAGUUUGCGUCUCUUUAAGCGCGACAAUCGGAUUGUCAAAAAGUCAUUAGCAGCCCAGCCCAACUAA